UUAACUUAUUUCAUAUAAAUUCUUGAUCCACCAUUGUAAAUUUUGUUUUUGUUUUCCCAGCUUUUAAUUAUCAUAUGACCAAACAUGCCAGCUUCUGAGGGGUCUCCUGAUUCUUCUUCUUCUUCCAGAAAGAGUUCCAAGAAACCUAAAUAUUCCAGGUUUUCACAACAAGAGCUUCCUGCUUAUAAACCGAUUUUAACCCCACAAUGGGUUAUUACAGUUUUUGUUUUCAUCGGCAUUGUCUUCAUCCCUGUUGGCCUUGCCUCCUUGUCUGCAGCAAAUCAGGUGGAGGAAAUUUCAGAACGCUAUGAUGACAAAUGUGGUCCGCAAACUAACAAUACAUGUGAAAGGAAAAUUACAGUGAAAAAGAAAAUGAAGAAUCCCAUUUAUGUGUAUUAUCAGCUGGACAAGUUCUAUCAAAAUCAUCGUCGUUAUGUGAAAAGCAGGAAUGAUCUGCAGUUGCGCCAGACAUCACGAGGACGUGAACAAGCAGGUUGUGAUCCGAUAUCAAACACAGCAAAUCCAAUUGUUCCUUGUGGCCUCAUUGCUUGGAGCUUGUUCAAUGACACAUACAAAUUUUCCGUGAAAGACAAAGAUAUAAAUGUAGAUAAAAAGGACAUAGCUUGGAAAAGCGAUAAGGAUUAUAAAUUUGGGUCUCAAGUUUACCCUAAAAAUUUUCAGAAAGGAGAAGGCGGCAUUGGAGGAGGAAAACUGAAUGAGAGUUUACCUUUGAGUGAACAAGAGGAUCUUAUCGUCUGGAUGAGAACUGCUGCGCUCCCUACCUUCAGAAAGCUUUAUGGUAAGAUCACCGUUGAUCUGGAAGUGAAUGACGUUGUUACAGUUAAAAUACAGAACAAUUACAACACCUACAAGUAUGGAGGCCAGAAGCUGCUUGUUCUUUCAACUACGUCGUGGAUGGGUGGGAAAAACCACUUCCUCGGUAGAGCAUACCUUACUCUUGGAGCAAUCAGUCUGUUCAUUGCAGGAUGCUUUAUUGUUUUGUAUAUUAUCAAGCCAAGGCCUCUCGGUGAUCCAGCUUACUUGUCAUGGAACAGAUAUCCCGGUGGAGGAAUAUAAACAUUCGACGUAUCAUCUCUCAUGCCUGGGGAGAAUGGAGCAGAAAUGCAGCAAAUGAAGAAAAAUGGUUCAACUGUUGUUCCUUAUACCACGGAUUUCAUAUGAACUGCAUACUUAUGGAGCCAACCGGAAACUGCAAAUGGUUCUCUGUUGCUGCUUUAACUACUAAUGUGGCUUCUGUGUAUUUUGAUGUAUCA